AUGUCCUAUCAUUGUCCUAUAUGUAACGCGGGCUACACGUACAAGAAAACCUUGAAGACUCACAUGAAGUACGACUGCGGAAAGGAGCCAAGGUUCAAGUGUCCUUAUUGCAAUAAGAGAGACAAGUAUAUACGGAUAUUGGAGUGGCCAAACGUGAGGACGCAGGCCGCUGUCUCGAGUUACAUCUGUUCAAAGUGCAACGCAGGAUUCCGAAGGAUGUGGGACCUGAUUAGACACAAGUGUGGCCAGAUACCUAGAUACGCGUGUCCUUAUUGCCAUAAGAAGGACAACUCAUCCUCGAACGUUUACAGGCACAUCAGACGAUGGCAUCCUAAAUUGCCAGUCGGUGUGAACAAAAUGUUUUGA